AGGAGCUGUGACUGAUGAGAAUUAAAGGCCAUGGAUGAAGAUGGACUUGAAUUACAACCACAAGGGCCAAACUCAUUUUUUGAUGCAACAGGAGCUGAUGCUACACACAUGGAUGGUGAUCAAAUUGUUGUGGAAGUACAAGAAACGGUUUUUGUUUCAGAUGUUGUGGAUUCAGACAUAACGGUGCAUAACUUUGUUCCUGAUGACCCAGACUCCGUUGUAAUCCAAGAUGUUAUUGAGGACGUUGUUAUAGAAGAUGUUCAAUGUUCAGACAUCAUGGAAGAAGCGGAUGUAUCUGAAACUGUCAUCAUUCCUGAGCAAGUGCUGGAUUCAGAUGUAACUGAAGAAGUUUCCCUGGAACACUGCACCAUCCCAGAUGAUGUUUUAGCGUCCGACAUUACUUCAGCCUCAAUGUCUAUGCCAGAACAUGUCUUGACAGCUGAAUCUAUACAUGUACCUGAUGUUGGCCAUGUUGAACAUGUGGUUCAUGAUAAUGUAGUAGAAGCAGAAAUUGUCACUGACCCUCUGACAACUGACGUAGUUUCUGAAGAAGUACUGGUAGCAGACUGUGCCUCUGAAGCAGUCAUAGAUGCCAAUGGGAUCCCUGUGGACCAGCAAGAUGAUGACAAAAGCAACUGUGAGGACUACCUGAUGAUCUCCUUGGACGAUGCUGGAAAAAUAGAACACGAUGGCUCCUCUGGAAUGACAAUGGACACGGAGUCAGAAAUUGAUCCUUGUAAAGUGGAUGGCACUUGCCCUGAAGUCAUCAAGGUCUACAUUUUCAAAGCUGACCCUGGGGAGGAUGACUUAGGUGGAACAGUAGACAUUGUGGAGAGUGAACCUGAGAAUGAUCAUGGAGUUGAGCUACUUGAUCAGAACAGCAGUAUUCGUGUUCCAAGGGAAAAGAUGGUUUAUAUGACUGUCAAUGACUCUCAACAAGAAGAUGAAGAUUUAAAUGUUGCCGAAAUCGCUGAUGAAGUCUAUAUGGAAGUGAUUGUAGGAGAGGAGGAUGCUGCUGCUGCUGCUGCUGCUGCAGCUGCUGCACACGAACCCCCGAUAGAUGACAGUGAAAUCAAAACCUUCAUGCCAAUAGCAUGGGCAGCCGCUUAUGGUAAUAAUUCUGAUGGAAUUGAAAACCGGAAUGGCACUGCAAGUGCCCUCUUGCACAUAGAUGAGUCUGCUGGGCUCGGCAGACUGGCUAAACAAAAACCAAAGAAAAGGAGAAGACCUGAUUCCAGGCAGUACCAAACAGCAAUAAUUAUUGGCCCUGAUGGACAUCCCUUGACCGUCUAUCCCUGCAUGAUUUGUGGGAAGAAGUUUAAGUCGAGAGGCUUCUUGAAGAGGCACAUGAAAAACCACCCUGAACACCUGACCAAGAAGAAGUACCGCUGCACUGACUGUGAUUACACGACCAACAAAAAGAUAAGUUUACACAACCACCUGGAGAGCCACAAGCUGACCAGCAAGGCUGAGAAGGCCAUUGAAUGCGAUGAGUGUGGGAAGCAUUUCUCUCACACGGGGGCUUUGUUUACUCACAAAAUGGUGCAUAAGGAGAAAGGAGCCAACAAAAUGCACAAGUGUAAAUUCUGUGAAUACGAGACAGCUGAGCAAGGGUUAUUAAAUCGCCACCUUUUGGCAGUCCACAGCAAGAACUUUCCUCAUAUUUGUGUGGAGUGCGGUAAAGGUUUUCGCCACCCAUCCGAGCUCAAAAAGCACAUGCGAAUCCAUACUGGGGAGAAGCCCUACCAAUGCCAGUACUGCGAAUAUAGGUCUGCAGACUCUUCUAACUUGAAAACUCACGUAAAAACUAAGCAUAGUAAAGAGAUGCCAUUCAAGUGUGACAUUUGUCUUCUGACUUUCUCAGAUACCAAAGAGGUGCAACAACAUGCUCUUAUCCACCAAGAAAGCAAAACACACCAGUGUUUGCAUUGUGACCACAAGAGUUCGAACUCAAGUGAUUUGAAACGACACAUAAUUUCAGUUCACACUAAGGACUACCCUCACAAGUGUGACAUGUGUGAUAAGGGCUUUCACAGGCCUUCAGAACUCAAGAAGCAUGUGGCUGCCCACAAGGGUAAAAAAAUGCACCAGUGUAGACAUUGUGACUUUAAGAUUGCAGAUCCAUUUGUUCUGAGUCGCCAUAUUCUCUCAGUCCACACAAAGGACCUUCCAUUUAGGUGUAAGAGAUGUAGAAAGGGAUUUCGGCAACAGAAUGAGCUUAAAAAGCAUAUGAAGACGCACAGUGGCAGGAAGGUAUAUCAAUGUGAGUACUGUGAAUAUAGCACUACAGAUGCCUCAGGCUUUAAACGGCACGUUAUUUCUAUUCAUACAAAAGACUAUCCUCACCGAUGUGAGUACUGCAAGAAAGGGUUCCGAAGACCUUCUGAAAAGAACCAGCACAUAAUGCGACACCAUAAAGAAGUUGGCCUGCCCUAACAAUACUUCUACGGACUGUUGUAGAGAUAUUGGCCUUGAAGCAGAAAUUCAUUUUAAAGCCAAUUACUCUCAUCCACAUAUAAUACUGUAUAUUGAUUUAUGCUGUGUACAAAUAGAAUUCUUGCUUCUAGUUACUUUUUUUUUUUUUUUUACUGUUUGUUCAAUAGAGUGUUCUGAAUUCUAUCCAGUUUGUUUAAUAAAUGGGGAAAAGCAGCAACAAGCAAGUUGCUUUUCGUAAAGUAAUCUCGGAUUCUAUACCGAAUUUUUCUAUCUUAGAAAUUUUGUAUUUAUUUGAAUAUUUACCUUGCUUACCUUGAUGGUACUCUUCUAAGACCAUUUAACUUAAAGUUAAGGUAACUUUAGAUCAGUAACUUUGCAAGUAUUUCAUGUUGACUCUUUUUUUUCCACAAAUUCCUCACAAUAAAACCGUCAGAGACAUUUACUAAUAUAAUGGGAGAUGUUUAUGGUCAGGUCUAAUGAUCAUAUUACAUGGAGGUCAUUUACUUGUCUUGCUUAAUAUUUUCAAACCACAUGACAAUGAAAGUUUCUACUUGAGCUUUUGUGUCCCUAGCAUCACUGAGGAAAGAACUGACUGGGUUCGUGUUUAGUUUUCAUUCGUUUAGCAGACAAAAUAAAUAUACUUCCUUUGGCUUUCUUUGGAGUAUUCACAUCUUUUGUCAGCGUAGCAAAUGUUUAGAAAACCUGACUGAUACGUUUUGCUCGAUCCUGUUUAUUAUUCUGUCUGUGCUGCUUUGUCUUGGAAUGGUUGUGUACUACCGAUGAGACUUACUGAGGACUGAAGUUUGGAAUCUCCUAGUGGUGAUUCGUUGCUCAUAGGAGCUUUUGCAACUUUAUAUAUGUAAAUGUACCCUGAAUUAUAUAUACAUACACAUAU